GGUACCGUGGCGUUUGCAACUCUGGGAGAGUUGCCGCCGGAAUUACCAAAUUUAGCCAAGAUUUAGCUCUUCCAUUUCAAACAAGGAUGGAAUAAUCCCACUAGUCUUGACCGUUGCUUUCAAAAAUCAAAAUGAUAGAGGACGAGGCAGCUAGAUUGCUCGACCUCCUACAAGCACAUGGCCAACAAUUUCUAAACUCUUUCGAUCUCAGUCAACCUCCUCGGAAGAGGCAGAGAAUAGAGGAGUCCCCCGAGGAGCUUGAGAGCGAGGAUUUUGAGGAGUGGAGAGGCUUCAGCAACGCAGCGGUCGAAUCUUACGCAUCCGAAGAAGAUAACGACGACGACACUCCCUAUGAAUACGAUGACGGCUUUACCGCCAGUUCUUCUGCUAAGAUGCCAGAUGUAGUGGUGUUCUCAGAUUCGAGGCCGAAGCCAUCAGAACAGUUCUCGAAAGCUCAGAAAAAAGCUUUCAUGUCUUCAAAAGUAGCUAAAGUUACAUCCACAACAGAAGCAGACGGUGUCCCGCAUCAAGACGAAGAUGACAUACAAAAUGACAAUGAGGAUAUCUCGAAUGCCCAGAACGAUGCUCUCCUCCAUCGCUUGGUCCACACGAAACUGCUAUCUGGGUCUUUGAACCCUGAGCUCAACCUGACACAUGCACAACGAGAGAAAGCACUUUCCGGUCGUGUCUUAGAACUUGCAGGGAAAACCAAACUUGGUAAGGGAGAAGUCGCCAUUCGUGCUGCGGAACGAAAUAAGGCUUCCAAGCGAGUGCGAGAAGGGCUCUCAAGGAAGAAGAAUGAGCGAGAAAAGCAAGAACUGGAAGAGGCUAAAAAUUUGGGAAACUACCACCCCACUCUCAAAAAAUUGUUUGAUGCAUCAUCUUCUGGGUCGUCAGACCGUCAAAGACGAGUUAGAGGUAUCGGGAUGGGAGUGGGUAAGUUUAGUGGGGGAACGCUGAAGCUUAGUAGAGAGGAAAUUAAUUCGGUGACCGGUCGUGGGGUACAUGGCACAGCCAGGCGCGGGCACAAAACAAGUCGUGGUCGAAGAUGAUGUCCUAGCGGUAACAUAACAUUACAAUAAUUAUCCAUCAUGCACGACAGAC